AUGUCUUCCUCAUUUCCCCUCCUCCGUCUUCCUCAGCUGGUUCUGUGCGAAGUAUUCAAAUCGUUGAGUAUCGGAGAGAAAAUCAUGCUCUCUCUAUGCUCCAAGAGAACCUCUAUUCAAAUCAGUAGUGCUCGUUUGUACUCACAAAAAGUUAUAGUCGAUCUGGACAUCUUAAAUCAAAAUAUCAGAGUUCUCUCUGAAAAUGAAAAAGUGGAAUUUGAAAUUUUCACUUAUCCAGGUUUCGUGAUUUGUAAAAAUUCAGAUACUCAACAAUUUUAUAUUGCGGGUUGCAGUGUACCAGUUUUUUCUAUCCCAACAGGAAUCACAAUUUUCUGGAUGAAUCAUCAAUCUGCUAUUCGCCAUCUCUUGAUGAUAUUUCGAUGCAAGUUUUCAACUAUUAUAUAUUACUAUAGUAGUGAAAUAUACCGAUCAGUAUUUUCUGAGUUGCUGGAUUUACAACUGGCAUUCAAGAAAAUCACUUUUUACCUCAUUGGGUCAGAAGAUCAAAACUUGUUGUGGAACCAGAUAGCCCGUUAUUUGGGACUGGUCGAGGAUCUUUCAAUCUUAUCCGUCGCCGAUCCUAAUUUUAUACCAGUUUUCACUUCAUGGCCACAAAAAAUUUAUAUCCCGAGUUCCGCUUGGUUCACUUUGGAUCAUUUUUUGGCGUGCACUUGCACUAGAAUUACACUUUUCCAGUCUCAUUUGGAAAACAAGGAUCUGGAUGUGAUACUUAGGAGUUGGAAAGCUGGAAAGUUACCAAAUCUAAAAUGUCUUUGGCUUGAUAGCCUGGGGAUAACAGAUACUGGAGCGACGAUUUUGGGAAUGAAGUUCAGCGAGUUCGAUAAAAAGGUUAUCCUAACAGAUGAUGGAUCAAAGAAGGCAACUCUCACCAUCAAAGACCAACGUGUUGUAAUGUCUGUAACUCCGUUUGAAUAA